GCCGGACGGGCGCGUGUGUGUGCUGCUGCUGCGGUGUGCUACCAGUGCACCAGUGGGCGAUCGUUUUCCGUCACGAGAACAUUUUACUCCGAGAUUUUUGUUGUGACCAAGCAAACUUGUGCGAGUUUUCGUUGUUGAGCCUUCAAAUGCGUUAAGUGUCGUUCGAUUGAGGGUGAAACAUUGUCGCGUAAAGGCGUGAAUCCCGUUUUUGGGUGGACGCCCCCGUCAUAAAACACGUACCAAUAAAUUAGGCGUAGGCCGCCUUGCAUUGCGAAAUCUCAUUUGUCGCGCGUGUUUGGUUGUGUGCGUCUCCACAUACAAGAGCCGUGAAAAGUGGUGUGUACUUUGUUGUUCCGCGGUUCCACACUAGUGGGACAUUUUCAUUAUUAUUGCGCGGUCUUUCGUAUUGUGACGUGUGUGUGUGCGUGCGCGUGUGUGUGUUCCGAGCACACAUAUGAGGAAGUGUGCGUGCGCGACAAAGCAAAGCUACGACCAAGGCAGAUAAAACGGUACGAUUUGUAUGCACGCAAAACCAUAUUAACAAUACACACAAUUAUCAGCACAGAACUUAGGGUGUGAACGUUAUAAAGGAAAACAACAUCCAAGUGACCUUAGGCGAAAAAAGCAAAUACAUAUUCCGCAAGUGUAUCUUUCACAUGAGUGUGUGUGUGCGCUUCAAAUUGCCUGUCAUUUCCUCUUCCCGUGUGUGUUUGUUGUGAUAGAUUUCCGUCAGUCGCUGUGUUUGCUAAUGCGACUGAAGAUAAAAUAUCAGUUUUAGCUGCUACAAAGCACUUUCAGUACGGAGGACGGCCACUCGUUAACCUUCAAAAACGCGUUAUUGUUAAUGAAGAUUGCAACUUCAGCAGACGGGUGAAUAUGUGUGUGUGCGCGAGUGUGUAAAAACCGAACAAGUGUCAGUGCGUGGAAAGAGCAAAAAAAAAAGCGAAGGUUGUUGUUUAUCGUACGCAAUUUGACAUUUGACGUUUUUUCGUCCUAAAACAACAAAACGGAUAAAUACGUUUAGCUGCAUCCGUGGCAGUGCAAUUAGUAGUGCAUUGUUCCUACAAUAAACCGAUACGCAGGCCUGAAUCCAAUUAGCAAGAUGCGAAACAACGUGUUGAACAGCAAGCACCCUAACAACAACAACACGAUGGAGUCGUUUUACGAGGACAAUAAUGCCCAGUUCGUACCGUCCACCACGAACGGUGUGACGACGGGCAACGGCAACGGGUUGAAGCGGCCUGCCACGCUCGAGCUAAACCUUGCCCCCGGGAAGGCGCGUAAAACCCGCUACAAUACAUCGGUCACCAUGCCUUCGGUGCUGCCAUCGCCCGAUAUGCAGAUGCUGAAGCUGGUAUCACCGGAGUUGGAGAAAAUCAUUAGCACCAAUGCGACUUUGCCCACGCCGACACCCAGUGCCAUUAUCUUUCCACCUUCGGCAACCUCCGAGCAGCAGCAGUUUGCCAAGGGCUUCGAGGAUGCACUGUUGUCCAUCCACAAGAAGGACACGCAGGAACAGUUUGCGAAGGGUUUCGAAGAUGCGCUGCAGUCCAUCCACAAGAAGGACACGACCAGCAAGCUUAACACGAACAACAACAAUAACAGCAAUACCAGUAAUAAUAACAAUAGUCACGUGCCGGUGGAACGGCUUUGUCCAACGGUCCCCACAACAGCCGUUGUAACGGUAAACAAUCUCACUAGUACGGUCUUAUCUUCCGGUCACAAUAAUGGCAUGAGCGGUGGAGAAAUAACGUACACCAAUUUGGAUUACCCGGGAGUUGUAAAGGAGGAACCACAGGCUACCUCCAGCAACCAAUCGCCCCCCGUAAGCCCGAUCGAUAUGGAGUCGCAGGAACGUAUCAAGUUGGAAAGGAAACGGUUGCGAAACCGGGUGGCCGCCUCCAAGUGCCGGCGGCGAAAGCUGGAACGCAUUUCCAAGCUGGAGGAUCGCGUAAAGGAACUGAAGGCACAAAAUUCCGAACUGGGCGGUGUGGUGUGCAGUCUGAAGCAGCACAUAUUCCAGCUGAAGCAGCAAGUGAUCGAACAUCACAAUUCCGGCUGUACGAUCACGCUGGUGGGCAAGUUCUGAGUGCUUUUCUGCUUUUAGCUUUAACGUGUCGAAGGUGUUACGCGUUCGGCGUUACAAGAAGUUGUUCCUGUAAGAAGUGUGUUUGUGUGGCAACAAAAACAAACCCAACCACGUGCGCAGGACGUUCGCGGAGGAACAGUUCGAUUUUGUUCAACGUAAAGAAACAGCAACAGUUGCUAGCCAGCAGUUAAACAUUAGCCGUAGCAAGAGCGAAACAAAACUACACAGCGAACAAAGCUUAUUGUCAUUGUGAAACACAGAAAUGCCUUAUCGUAUUAGAGUUGAUAACUGUGCGUGUUAGGAGUGUCGCUUUUUGCGGCGACUUUUAGGACCACUAAACGGGCGAUAGAAAGCAAGAGGGGGGACGUAAAAACGGUGGAUAAAUCUAGUGUUAACCAAUUUCUAUGUUAUUCAAGGAUAAGUUUCAGUGCAAAUGCGACAAACGAGGAACAAACAAGUUUCGGUUUAGGGAUUAGAAAUAAGUUUGUUAAGUCCCCAACACCACCACCGCCACCGGCAGGUUGGUUUUAGUAGCGGUAGUAACAAGUCAGAUUUAUUGUUUUGUUUUAAAUGUUUAGCAGGUUCGAUUGAAACAACAAGUGCUUCUAGUCGUUGGAUUUGAGCUUUUUAUUCCGUACGCCGCGGUGUAAACACGAUUCGAAUGUAAUGCAAUGCAAUAGUGUCAUAUAUGUUAGUUCUUAUAUGUUUUCUCGUUUUUUUUAUUAAUAGCGGAUUUAUUUGGAUGAUCGCUUUUUUGCUUCCCAGGUGAUAAAUAUGUGUAUGUGUGCGUAUCAUUACAGUAACAAAUGAUUCCAGUCACAAAUGGUCUCUUUUUCGCUUCCCAGUUUAAUGUUCUUGAAAGCAAACAGGAAACCUUCUAGCCAGUGUCCAUUUCAAACUAUCUAAAUAGCUUACACGUGUCAGGCCUCUGUAAGGCCACGUUUUCGACCAUGCCGCAUUAAUUAUCACUUCAAUUUAUUUGCUUCAUUGAGUGGCUAGGAAAAAGCGCUAGAAUUUAGUCAGUAAUGCCAUAAUGCAAGGAUCAUUUUCCCAAUUGUGAAGCAAUUUUAGUGUACGCGUGUUAACAAGGAAAUAAUUAUCCACCGGAAGAUGGGAGUUUAGAUGGGGCGGGCACGCAUACUUUUCUUUCGAUUCUCAAAAUAGGAAAAGAAGUUUCUAAAUUUGUAUAUUUUGCAAACACGUGCGUGCAAUGUAUAUGUAUAUAAUAUAUCUAUAUUGUCGUAAACGACGACCAGAAGCAGAAGGAAGUCAGCGUGUGUGCCAGUGUGAGCAGGUGGGAAGGCUAAUAAUACGAGACGAUACAAAACAGAAAAAAAACGAUGCAAUUUUGUGCAAACCCUUCUCUUCUGUAAGCUUGUGCAAACAGCUGCAGCAGCACCGUGUGCUGCACUGGGAUAGAGAAAAUCAAUGGAACAUAUUUAUUGGUAAGCUCGUUUUGCUUUCGUUUAUUACCUUAUUUUUGAAGAUAUUUACAAAUAAAACGAACCUUACGAUUAUUUUGCUAACGUUUGAAUGCUGAAUUAUUUGCAUUUGUUGUUUUCCUCCGGUACGGUACAGAAAUCGGAAUUUGUGUGUAGUUGCGCCGCUCAUCGCACCGCUGUAGCAGCAUUACGUCAUCGUCGAUGGUGGUACUACUGGCGGCUCUCGCUGUGUGGAGUUGUUGACCUUCAGACCCUCGGAUGGGAUUGUGCAGUAUCUGAUGGUGGAACGAAAUGAAUUUAGCUCUAUGGAACGAGAUAGGAGUGCUAAAUGCUGUGACACUAUUAGCAUGACAAAGAAUAAGCUGCUACUACCAAGCGAAUUAUGAUAAUGCAAUUUAGAA